UGACUAUAUAAACGCUAAGUUUCAGAUCACAAAUCAUACUCGACUUGAAGUCUCAAGUGUCCAGUACAACUCAUCCAGUAUCUCCUCUAACUAACAAAAUGAUUGCCUUCAAGGUUUUGUUUGCCGUUGCUUUCGUCGCCAUCGCCUUUGCCGCUGAAGAACAAAAGGAGCAGGCCGUCGAGGAACAAGCGGUGGCCAGCCCCGACUCUGACAGCAGCAAGGAUCUCCAAACGGCCGAGGGAACACUCGGAGCGUACGGAGCUUACGGUGCUGGACUCGGUUACGGUGCUGGACUCGGUUAUGGGGGACUCGGCUACGGCAACGGACUGUACGGCGCUGGCCUAGGAUACGGUUACGGAGCUGGUGCUGGUUAUGGCGGUUAUGGUCACGGUUUGGGUUAUGGCGCCGGAUAUGGAUAUGGAUAUGGAGGUCUCGGAGGAUACGGCGGAUACGGAGGCAAGGAAGGAUAUGGAGCUGGAUAUGGAGCCGGCUAUGGAUCCAACUACGGACACAAUCACGGCAGUUCCGGUUACACCGCCGUAAAAAAAGUCGUGAGCCACGGAUCAAACAGCCAUGGACACGGACACGCCCACGGACACGGCUACGGUCACGGACACGGCUACGGUCACCACGGACUCGCCUAUUAACAUCCUCAGAUUCAAUUGAAUCUAUAAAUCUCUAUAUGAUAAUAUUUACAUGUCAUCCAUGGUUGUUCUAAAUUUAAUAGCCACGAUACAAAUACAUAAUAGCUAAACG